AUGACAUGUGCAGCUGGGGGUGUGAUUACCGUGGUUGCGAAAAUGGUUAAGGGCUACGCACAGAAUCAACUGUCGCAACCAGUUAUAUUUGGAAAUUGGCGGUUGGCGCUCACCUGGGGGCCCGGCUUCUGCCGUCCUCCACCGGGGGGGUCGUCGCCUUGCUCAAAACCCAUACAACCACGGUUUUCGGUGCAUGGCUUAUGGGCCUAUGAUAUGACUUCACGGAUCAUUGUUCGGGAUGAAGGUAUUGGUAAGCUAGCAUUGGACAUGAUUAUCUUUAAACUCUUGCGCCGAUAUUUAGAGAGAGAAUGGCCAAGUCUCAUUGGAUCUCAUGAUAAUGAACGGUUUUGGACUUAUGAGUGGCAUAAGCAUGCCCAAAUGCUGAAUCUAUCUCCUCCUAAAUAUUUUCUCAAAGCCCUGCAAUACAAGUGGACCGUUGAUUUUCUGACUAACGGCGGUUUGGAAGUUUUCUUGGGAUAUCCUAGGACAGAGGUGACAAGUGUGUUAUGCCAGCAGAUUCAGGGGCUUGUCAAGGCAAUACCGGUUGUCGUAUGCAGCAAAGUGCACAAGGGACUCCUUGAAAUACAAUUAUGCUUCGAUCAUGUGUCCGACACUUUUACCGAUUGCGCCAACAACAUUCUCCAGUGUGUGCACUCAUCGUGUGGCUCUAAUGUGGUCAUAGGCUCAUAG